AUCUUAUUACAUUUACAUUUUUAUUUUUAAAGAAUAUUCUUAUAAAUUCUUAAAAUUAUUUUUUAUUUGAAUUUUACAUUCUGUAUUACACAGAAUUUUAACAAUGCCGAAAAUUAAAGCUAAAAAAACUUGCGAAAACAUUCCUAAAGAAAUUACCGAAUACCCCAAAACAGAUGUUAUAUUAUAUACUGAUGGCAGACGGAGCUAUCAUUAUAGAGUUAAAAAAGAAGGUCUAUAUCUUCAACUUCCAAUUUUAGCUUACUCUCAAGGGAAAAAUAAAUAUAAAAUUCCAGAUUCUUAUUGUGUUGAAACUACCUGGGGUCAAGGUAAUAACAAGCAAACAGUAGAAUGUUCUAUCAAUUAUAUAAGAGAAAAGCCAUUUUUUAGGGUUAUGUAUGGGUCAAAUUUUUCAGAAGAUGUUUGCUCAAACACGUCUCCAACAGCAGCAGCAAAUGCCGUUAUACGAAAACUUUUUCCUAAUAAUGAAAAGACAUUAAUGUCAGGAAUACAUCUUUUUGGAAUUCACUUAGAAACAUUAAAGCAAGCCAGAGAGAGUAAAAGGGAAAGUAAUAGUAAUAUUCAACUAAAACAAAUAAAACCAAUUGAGCAUUGUGGCAAAUCAAUGAUAUAUAAAAGACAACGCAAAUUUGGGGAUCAGUUGAAAGAACAGGUUCAAAUUGAAGGAGCUAAGAUUUAUGGCAAGGAUCAAGUAAUUCUCAAGCAAAUAUCGUAUAAUGUUAAGCAUAUGGGCUUUCAAAUUGCUUAUGGAUCAAAGGAUGAUAGAGAAAAAGAAAAAAAACUCACUUCAAUAGUACAAGUAAUUGACCAAAAUUACAUGUCUCGUGAGGGUUAUAGGGCUUUAGCUGCAGUGGAACCUGAUUUAGAACACAAAUUAGAUUUUGUUGAAAAUUCAAAUAUUUUUGAUUAUGGGAUAACUGAUGAAAUUAAAAACAUUACAAAUGGAGGGCAUCGUAGUGCAAAAGAUAUUCUAACAUAUAUUAUACCAGCUCUCAUCUUUAAAGGAGUAUUGGAUAUAAGUAAUCCAAUAAUUCAUUUACGUAUAUCUGGAGAUGGACGUAACGUAGAAAGGAAAAUAAAACAGGUUAUGAUUACUAUGGGGAUUUUGAAUGAUGAACAAAACAUUCACAAACCUGAUCAUAACUAUACAACCAUUCUUUUUCCAGGGAUAGAGAGCUAUGAACUUUUGGAAGUUAUGAUGUCACCAUUCAUUCAAGAACUAAAUGAUCUUAAAAAUUAUGGUUUAAAAAUUAAUAAUAUAAUUUGGAAGUUUGAGUUGUACUUUAGCUCUGACUGGAAGUUUUUGUCUAUAUGUCUUGGAUUUAAUGCAGCUAAUUCAAAUUAUUUUUGCCCAUGGUGUCAGAUAUCCAAGCAUGACCAAGUUAAUAAUCAAACUAAUUGGAAGAUUAGUAAAAAAAUGGAGAAAAUAAAUGAAUAUCCAGGUCAUAGUAAAAAGCCACUCUUUAAUAUGAUUUCCUUAGAUCAUUGGAUUCCAGAUGAGCUUCAUAUUAUGCUUCGAAUUUUUGAUCGUCUUUGGAGCUUAGUCUUGUCAGAAUUAAAAGAUGUUGAUCAAUUUGAUAAUGUAUGUCGUAAUGAAAUUGUGAAAGAAAUGAACAGAAUUGGAGUUCGUUUUCAAUUUUGGAAAGAGAAUGGAUCUAAUACAUGGAAUUAUACAUCAUUAAUGGGUAAUGAUAAGUUAAAAGUUCUAAAAGAUUUUAAUUUAGGUCAAAUAUUACCACCUUCACGAGCCAAAAAAAUUCGGGAGUUGUGGGAUAGAUUCAACCUAAUUUACUUCAAUCUUAAACUAAAAGAUUAGUAUGACCCACACCAGUUUCAAUUUGAAGCAGAUAACUGGCUGGAAUUGUUUUUAACUCCAGAUAGAGUUAUCCCAAAUUCAAAUCGCAUUGAAAAAGGAUUGUACAGUCCAAGUGCAAUUACUCCAUAUAUACAUGUUCUUGUGUAUCACAUAUCCGAGUUUAUGGAAAUUCAUAAGCAAUGAGGUGUAAAGGCAUUUUCUUGCGCGUCUGU